CCUCUCUCUUCUUUCUUUCUCUCUCUCUAACCAGUGCAAAUAACUUCCAAAUUGCAAAUUGGAUCGUUUAGAAAUUUGCUCAGAAAGCUCCAUUAAUUCCAUUGAUCUCGUGUUUCUUCAAUUCAUUACACCUGCUGAGCAUUUUUCAUUCGAACAAGCAGAUCUGAGGUUCAGACCACCGAAUUCUUCAGCUUGCUCGUAUUUCCGAUUCCGUCUCAAUUUUGAUGAGUAUCAAGAGCAGAUUGUGAGUGAGAGGAAGAGAUCGAAGUUCUUAUAUUACUUAGGGAUUAGAAGAUGAGUGAUAACCAGCGGUUUCAGCUGGGAACUGUGGGGGCAUUAGGUUUGUCUGUUGUUUCUUCGGUGUCAAUAGUUAUUUGCAACAAGGCGCUGAUUAGCACUCUUGGCUUUACAUUCGCUACAACACUGACAAGUUGGCACCUUCUAGUCACAUUCUGUUCUCUCCAUAUUGCUCUAUGGAUGAAAUUGUUUGAGCACAAGCCUUUUGAUCCAAGAGCAGUGAUGGGCUUUGGCAUACUGAAUGGAACUUCUAUUGGACUUCUCAAUCUUAGUCUUGGUUUCAACUCUGUUGGUUUUUACCAGAUGACAAAGCUAGCAAUUAUACCCUGUACAGUACUUUUGGAGACUAUCUUUUUCAGGAAACAGUUCAGCCGAAAUGUACAGCUUUCACUAACUGUCCUCCUAAUGGGUGUUGGGGUUGCAACUGUCACUGAUCUUCAGCUCAAUGCCCUAGGAUCUGUCUUGUCUCUUCUGGCAGUUAUCACCACCUGCAUAGCUCAGAUUAUGACAAACACAAUCCAAAAAAAAUUCAAAGUUUCUUCAACCCAGCUCUUGUACCAAUCAUGCCCUUAUCAGGCAAUCACUUUAUUCCUAGUAGGCCCAUUUCUUGAUGGACUUUUGACAAAUCAAAAUGUGUUUGCAUUCAAGUACACCCCUCAAGUCCUGGCCUUCAUUGUUCUAUCUUGCCUGAUAUCUGUUUCGGUGAACUUCAGUACCUUUCUUGUAAUAGGAAAGACGUCUCCUGUUACUUAUCAGGUUUUGGGUCAUCUUAAGACAUGCCUUGUUUUGGCAUUCGGUUAUGUUCUCCUUCACGACCCGUUUAGAUGGAGAAACAUUAUGGGCAUAUUUAUUGCGUUAAUAGGCAUGGUACUAUAUUCGUUCUUUUGCAGCAGAGAAAAUCAACAAAAGGCAAUUGAAGCCCCAACACAACUUUCCCAGGUGAAGGUGAAUGAAAACGAGUCGGAUCCUCUAUUAAGUGAGGAAGACGGAACAAACAAAUCGUUGACAGACAAUAUAACCGGACCAAAAGGCCCUGCUUGGAGUUCAAACAAGGAUCUACAUGCCUAAAAACAUCAUGAAAUCAAUCAAU